AUGUUGUCCAGCCUGAAUGAAUGGCUGUGGCAAGAGAAGUUCUGGCUGCUCUCCAACUACACUUGGGCGGACCUGGAGGACCGGGAUGGCGUGGUCUAUGCCCACCCUCGAGACCUGCUGGCAGUCCUGCCAGUGGCACUGGUCCUGCUGGCCAUGCGCAUGUCCUACGAGAGGUUUGUGGCGCUGCCCCUGAGCCGGUGGCUGGGUUUGCAGGACCGAAUCCGGAAGCCAGUGACACCCAACCCCACACUGGAGAAAUACUUCCUCACACAGAGCCGGAGACCCAAGGAGCCCCAGCUGGCCCUCCUGGCCACCCAGUGUGGCCUUACCCUGCGACAGACCCAGCGGUGGUUCAGGCGACGCUGGAACCAGGAACAGCCUCAGCUCAGCAAGAAGUUCUGUGAGGCCAGCUGGAGAUUUUUGUUCUAUCUGUGUGCCUUCGUGGGUGGCCUCUCGGUCCUGUACCACGAGCCCUGGUUUUGGACACCAUCAUUAUGCUGGGACAAUUACCCAAAGCAGCCCCUGCAGCCCCUCCUGUACUGGUGGUACCUCCUGGAGCUGGGUUUCUUCAUCUCCCUACUGAUGACGCUGCCCUUUGAUGUCAAACGCAAGGACUUCAAGGAGCAGGUGGUGCACCACGUCUUGGCCAUCUUCCUGGUCACCUUCUCCUACAGCUGUAACCUUCUGCGCAUCGGCUCCCUGGUGCUGCUGCUGCAUGAAACCUCUGACUACCUGCUGGAGGCUGCUAAAAUGCUGAACUACUUAAGUUGGAGUCGCUCAUGCCACGUGGUCUUCCUUACGUUCUCCGUCGUCUUCAUCUACACACGGCUAGUGCUCUUCCCCACAAAGAUCCUCUACACCACGUACUAUGAGUCCAUCAUGAACCAGGUGCCCCCCAACUCCUACUACUUCUUCAACGGCCUCCUGAUCCUGCUGCAGCUGCUGCACGUGUUCUGGUCGGUCCUCAUCCUGCGCGUGGUUUUUAAAUUUGUGAAGAAGGGCCAGAUGGAGAAGGACAUCCGCAGUGACGUGGAGCAGUCAGACCUGAGUGAGGAAGAGGCCACCCAGAAGCAUCCACAGCUAAGGAACGGGUCAGCGAGCACAGACAGCCCCCGGAGCCGUGUGACCGGACGGCUGACCAACGGACAUACAGCACCCAUGUAG